AUGAAUACAACAAGAAAUGAUAAUUUAGAGUCAAAGUGUUUUGAUGACAAUUAAUUUAAGGAGAAUUAACCUAUUAAUUCGAUAAAAGUAACAAGCAGAGGCUAUUAAUCUAACAUUUUAUAAUCGUUAGCACUAUAAGUAAAUCAAAAAAAGAAAUUCAAUAGCCAAAAAAGGGACAUAUAUGUAUAAAAGUUUAUGAAAAAUAUACAAUCUGGAAAUUAGAAAAUAAAACAAUUAAAUCAGUUACAAUUACAAAUGAUUAAUGAUAAGGCAAGUUCAUAAAAAACAAUAAUCUAAAAAAAAUCAACAUUACCAAAAAUAAAUGGAAGAUAAUAAUUAUUUUUGUAGAAUCUAAGAAAUUCAUUUAAUAAAAAUUUGGAUAGAGUUCCAAUCUUAUAUCCUUCUACAAAAUUUAAAAUAUUAUGGGAUACCAUUUCUGUACUUACAAGACUGUACUUUACAUUUGUAAUUCCUUUAGAUAUAGGAUGGCAAUAUUAAUCCUUUAUUUUUUAUGAUUUUAAGGCUGUAUCUAUAAUUGCACUUCUAUUCAUCAUAUUUGAUUUGAUUUUAAGUCUUAACACAGCAUAUUAUAAGGAUGGAUAAUUAGUGACUAAUAGAAUGAUGAUUUUAAGACAUAGUCUCUUAAAUUCAUAUGGAUUAUAAUGGUUUACGGUUUUUCUUUUGAUAGUGUUUUUCUUUAUUUCAAUAUCAGAAGAAGCAUUAUAUGGAACAAAAACGACGUUUAGUUUUUUGAUAUUGAUUUUAUUUUUAGUUCAUUUUAAACCAAUCAUAACAAUAGUAAAUUACUAUGAAGAAAACUUGAACUUCAACAAAUAAGUUUAAUCAAUUUUGGAAUUAGUAAAAUUAUUAUUUGUCAUGUUUUAUUCAAUUCAUUUUUUUUCUUGCAUUUGGAUGUUAGUAGGGAGUUAUAGUAUAACAAAACAUAAUAAAAGUUGGGUAUUAUAGAGUGGUGUUGAAGAUGCAGAAUGGUAAAUUUAAUAUUUAUAAUCAUUUUAUUAUUCAGCAGUAACAAUGUUUACAAUAGGAUAUGGUGAUGUUACACCUUAAUCUUCAGCUGAGAAAGUAGUGGCUGUGAGUUAUAUUAUAGCAGCCAGCAUUUAAUUACCAUAUAGUGUUAAUACUUUAGGGACAAUAAUUUAAUAAAUAUCAGUUUAUACAGUAGAAAAGAAAAGAAAAUUAAGAAUAAUAAAUUCUUAUUUAAAUUAGUAAAAGAUAUCAUAAGAUUUACAAAUUUAAAUUAGAGAAUAUUUAACAUUCCGAUGGGAAAAUUAAUAAGGAAGUAAAAAUGAAGAAAUAGAAUAGUUAAUUGGAUAACUUUCAACUGAUUUAAAAGAUUCUUUAGUAACAGAAUCAUAUUAAUAAAUAUUAAAGAAAUGUUCGUUAUUUAACAUAGGAUUUUCUAAAGAAUUUAAGUCAACUUUAGUUAAAUAUGCUAAAGAGAUAGCAUUAUAACCUGAGUAAGAGUUACAUUCGGAUGAAUCAUAGCAUAAUAACUUAUAUUAUAUCAUAUCAGGAGAGAUGUAAAUUUUACAUUCGAAUGGAUUAAAUUUAGGAACUCUUGUACCGGGAUAACAGAUUGGAUUAAAGAGUUUUAUUACUUCAUCAUAAAAACCAGGAAAAUAUAGAAGUGUAGGUUUUACUAAAUUGAUUUGUUUGGAAUAAAAAUAUUUCUUAAAAUUACUUUUAGAAUAUCCAGAAGAUUAUGAAAAAUACUGUUAGAUUAAAGAUUCUUUAUUAUUCUCUAAUUAAAAUCAAGACUUGCUUCCUUAAACAUGUUUCUCAUGUAGUAAGAAAUUUCAUUCAAUGAUUGAUUGUCCUUUGAUUCAUUAUGUACCUGAUAAAGAAAAGAUCUUAAAAUCUUUUACCUUUCCAACAAAUCAAAUAAGAGCUCAAUUCAAUCGUAGAAUUAGAAUAAUGAAUUUCUUAACUCAAGAACAAGUUAUAGAAGGAUUAAAAAUUGCUUCUAAAUAAUUAUUAAAAGACAAUCCUGAAAUUGUAAAACUUUAUUCUACAGAAUAUAUGAUAUCUGAACCUGAUUCUAUAAAAGCAUCUCUAAGUGAUUUAUAAGUUUUAGAGCAAAGUUCUCAUGCUUCUAAUGAAUAAGAUAAGGUUUCAGAGAAGUAGUAAAUUUAGAAAGUUAAUAAAUUUAAAAAAGCAGUUCACAAAAUUAUUUCUAUCAAUAAUGAAUAUUAAUAAUAUAUUUCAUUUCAUUAGCUUGAUCCAAGAAAAAGCUAAUAACUUUUAUAGAAUACUUUAGCUUUGAGAUUAAAAGUUUUGGAAGAUCUAAAGAGUGAUAUCUUUAAAAAAGAAAUAGAUUUAAUUUAAUAUUUACUGUAAUUAAAUAAUAUUGAUUAUUUUUUCGAUACUUUUUAAUUUGAAAAUGCCAUUAAUUUUAAGAAUUAUUUUCCAAAAGAUAACUAUAAACAUUUAUUUAAAGAGAAAGAAUAAAAGAGAAAUAUAAAAUUAUUAAGAAGAUUUUUAUUGUACUUUUUAUAGCCUUGUAUUGUAAUAGAUUAAUUCAAAUUAAUAACAGAUGACAUAAGUUUGAAGCUUUGUCAAAAGAGAAAGAAUCUAUACUUCUCUGUUGAUUUAGUGUUGCAUUGA